AUGCCGGCUAAGAAAAUCAUUCUCGAUACGGAUCCAGGUAUCGAUGACAUCCUGGCACUAUUGCUGGCACUGUCCUCCAAAUCUGAAGAUCUCGAGUUGCUGCUCAUUUCUUUGACCUUUGGUAACAUCGAAGUAAAGAACUGUCUUCGAAAUGUGGUCUCCAUGUUUCAUAUCCUUGAGCGGGAAAUGCAGUGGCGCCGUGAUAAUGGAAAACCCGAAGGGUAUGGCACCCUGCGUGCUUCUCGUCCGGUAGUAGCAGUAGGAGCAGAGGAACCUUUGGAAAGCCAAAAGAUGCUUGCCGAUUACUUUCAUGGAACCGAUGGCCUCGGUGGUAUCCACGACAGUCACCCACAUCUCACAGCCAGCAAGCCAUGGGACCAUUUGUUUGAUCCGGCGGUGGAUCCCGAAUCCAUCCAGCCAGUCCAGGAAGGUGCCGAACCGCCAGACCAUUCAUUCAUCCCAUCAAGACUUCCUGCACACAAGGAAAUUCUUCGUGCACUACGGGAAAAUGAUCCAGACACCGUGACUCUCGUAGCUGUUGGUCCACUUACCAAUCUCGCGAUGGCAGCAGCCGAGGACCCAGAGGCUUUCCUCCGAGUGAAAGAAGUCGUUGUGAUGGGCGGCGCAAUCAAUGAGCCAGGCAAUGUAACUCCAGUCGGCGAGUUCAACGCCUACGCAGACGCCUUUGCCGCUGCCCGCAUCUUUGCACUAACAUCACCAAGCCCCAACUCAACUCUCCCCCCAACAGAGAGUUCACUCCUACCACCUUAUCCCGCAAACUUAAGCAAGCAAUUGGCUCUCCGUCUCUUCCCACUGGAUAUCACUCUUCGCCACAACCUGUCUCGGGGCCAGUUCACCCAGGCCGUUGAGCCCCUUCUCGCUGCUGGUUCUCCUCUCGCGGAAUGGGUUAAUGCGUUUAUGGGACAUACGUUCCGGACAUUGGAGCGUCUGCACCCUGGCCAUGUUGGCGAUGAUGCCCAGUUGAGCUUGCAUGAUCCAGUUUGUGUUUGGUAUGCGCUUACAGAGGAGGAUUCGCAUUGGACUCCUUCUGCCGAUUCACCUGAAGAUAUCCGGAUUGAGACGCUGGGACAAUGGUCGCGUGGCAUGUGUAUUGUUGAUCGGAGAAGUCGUCAUAAGAUCGAUGGUGACGAGGAGAGCUCGAGUGACCAUGGCUUGUGGUUGAGUACUCGUGCUGGUAAUCGUAUUUUGCGCAUGGAUGGAUCGCCUGCAGAGAAGACUUUUGGGAAGAUCCUUAUUGAUAGGUUGUUUCAUUGA